UUAAAUUUCAGUGCGCGCGCCUGGUCCAAGCGAAACGCCGGAGGAACCGAUAACCCGCUUCACCGCAAACAGUCUGCCUCUGCGUUAUUAAUUAAACCCGGGAACAUAAGCACAAUGUCCGAAGAAAAGCCAAAGGAGGGAGUGAAGACAGAGAACGACCACAUUAACCUCAAGGUAGCUGGUCAGGAUGGGUCAGUUGUACAGUUCAAAAUCAAAAGGCACACCCCACUCAACAAACUCAUGAAGGCAUACUGCGAAAGACAGGGAUUGUCAAUUCGUCAGAUACGGUUUAGGUUUGAUGGACAGCCAAUUAAUGAAACGGACACACCUGCACAGCUGGAGAUGGAGGAUGAGGACACUAUUGAUGUAUUUCAACAACAGACAGGAGGAGUUUCUUCUUAAGUCGAAUGUGGACUCUUGGAACAACAUCCACAUCAUUAUUUUCUUGUUGUAUUUGUUUUCUCUUAAUUCCCCUCCUACCCCCUACCCCACUGUGCUUGGUCAGGCUGUUCACAACAUAAAAGAAGGUUUUUCAUUUGGGGCCAAAUCCUAACUUUGAAAUGCAGAGUAAUUUUUUUUUAAAGUGUUUUAUUCACAUUAAUGGAUGAUUUGAAAUUGUCCAAGACAGGGGCACGUCUCCGAUAGAUUAGGCUUGUAAUAAAGAAGAACAAAUAACACACUGCGAUCUUUUGAUGUUGAAAUGACCUCAUGCAUGUCUCAUAAACCAUAAGCUGAACUACAUGCCAAAAUUUCCUUUUUUGUUUAAGUUUUCCAGAUUGUUGGGAGCAUAUAAAUUCAGGGUGGGCUUAACUAUUUUUAAUUCAAGUACUUGGAGGAGAACUGCUAGAUGGCAGCCUUUGGUUUCUCUCUAGUUGACAUGACAACUUUUAGUAGUAGGUUUUUUUUUUGUUUUUUUUAAGGAACAUUCAAAUUAUUUGUAUCUGCCCAAGAAAAAGCUGUUUGUGCUGAGAAAGAUCCAUAUGGAUGGUGUACCUCAAUACUGUCACCCUCGACUCAUUGGUAAAUAAAGUACAGUAAUGUUUCUGGACCAAAAA